UUAAGUUAUAUUAAAGUGGUGUCACUCAAUUGUUCAAGGUAUUCACUAAUGAAAUGUCAUUACAAAGUACUGGGAGUGCCAAGGGAUGCAUGUGUAGAGGAGGAGAAAGAACUCAUGCGGUACAUACACCCUCAAGUGGCAUCUGGAUAAGAAUGCUGAUAAUGUGGUGGAAGCAAGGGAAGAGUUCCUGUUAGUGCAGCAAGCUUAGGAAGUUUUAGGUCAUCCUGUAUGAUCAGAACAGUGAAUAAAUUUUGAAGGGUGGUAGAGAUGGAGAUUACAAGGAUGAAAGCCUUGAUGUCUUUUAGUAUUUCACGUCGUCAUGUUUUAAAGGUUGCGGUGAUGAUGAAAACUGGUUUUAUAAAGUAUAUUGGAAAGUUUUUGAAAAAAUUGCAGCAGAAGAUACAGAAUCUGUCAGAAAGUAAGAUGAACAUACCAACAUUUGGAGAUUCCAACAGUAACUAUGAGGAUGUUGUCCAUCCAUUUUAUGCAUACUGGCAAAGUUACUCCACCAAGAAGCCAUAUGCUUGCCCGAAUGUAUUUGAUAUGAGUCAGGCGACAAACGUGUGUUUUGUGCAAUGUAAAAGGAAAAAAGAAGGUAAGGGACAAAACUCACAAGGCAAGAAAUGUUAAACAGUUAGCAUUUGUUUGAAAGAGAGAUAAACGUGUGAAGGCGCACAUGAAAUUUCUGAAACAAAAAUCGGAAGAUAAUGCUAGGAAAGCAAGAGUAUAGAAUCCAGCAAGUGAAGAACCAUGUCAAAGAAAUGCAAGAACUUGCUGGACCUCUUCAUGAUAUGAGUAUAUCCACAAUGGAGGAACUGAAUGUAAUUGAGGUGGAAGUAGCUACAGUGUUCGACGAGCGUCUUGAAGUAGUUGGUGGUGGUGAUGAUGACGGACUAUACUGUUGAGUUUGCCAAAAACUCAUCAAAUUAGAAACAUCUUCUGCAAAUUGUGGGAAUUCAAAAGAAGCAUAAGCAAAAUCUGGAGCUUACAAAAGAGCAAGGUAUGUUUCCAGAAACCGAUAAAAAGGGAGACGUGUAUCAGAAAAGUGGAGCCGGUGUAGUGGAUCCAAGCAAUAAGAUUUCUGCUGAUCAAUCUAGCACAAGUAGUUGUAACAAUGAUAGUGCCGAUGGUGGAAAUGAUACUGAUGGCGUAGGAAACGUGUAGAUAAGUGACAUGUCAGAAUUCUUUCCUCGAAAACGCAAAAAUUGCAGAAGGUAGCAGUGAUUACUGUGUUAGCAUUCCAGAUGCUGAAGAUAGUUUUAAAAAUGAUCACAUGUACGUAAAAGUAAGACACACAGGGAACUACUUGAAGACUGAAAGCUCUGAACUAAACAUACACAAUUUAAAACCUAAUACAAAAAAAUAAGUGUAUAGAAACAGAUACACAUCAUACAAAGAAAAAUAAUGAUAAAACUAAUGUAUUAAUAAGGGAUUCUGAUAAGACGUGUGACAUCUACAGGCUUUGAUGCUGAUAAUGAAAGUAUUUCUCGUGAGGUUGCAGCUAAAAAGAGGAAACAGUCAAACAAUUCCAAAAAUCGGUUAAUAAAGUGGAUUUUGCGACUCAGAAAAAUGAAGACUGUAUUAAUUCACAAAAUUCAAAGUGCGUUACUGUUGUUAAUGGUUCUAUUGAAGACAUAAAUUGUGAACAUCAUGACCAUAGUAAGAAGUGUUGCAGAGAAGCGUUCUAAAAAUUGGAAAAAGAAUGUUUAGUUAUUGGGUGUCGACAAAAAUAAAUACUAAUGAAUCAACAUUGAAAACUGAAAAAUAAAAAAUUUAAGAGACAGUCCAAAAGAUCUAAAAAGAAAACUGCUUUGCAAAGAUGUACUACUGGACAAAUCUGGGAGACUGACAAUAUACUAAUUUAGGAUACUGAAGAAUCAAGAGGAUUGUGGCAUGAAUAAAUGUUCCAAAACUGGGCCAAAAAAAAGUGUGUGUGUGAAUGAAGAUACUUCGUGAACCAGAAUUGUGAUGUAGGAACCUGUCAUGAUUUGAUGAAAUGAAUAUCUGAGACGUAUGCUAUUAAGAUAUUCCCUUCUGGGUAAUGGCUGUGUAUAGAUGUAGGUUUUUGUCUUUUGUGCUCAUUCUAUAGAACAAUAUCAAAAAACAGCUGAGUAUGAACAUUGUUUUUAGAAAAAUUGAUUGUAUUAUCCUUUCAGAUAUGCAAUAAAUAUCCAGUUGCAGUUUACAGGGCAUUUAUUUGAAAAUCUCUGCUUCCUUCAUUUGCAUAUCAGAGAAAAAAAAUACCAUAUACAGUUAAGACUACCUUUAGAUAAGAUGAGGUACAAAUUUUCAUCAAAGGUUGGUAAUUUUACUCUAUGCUUGUCCUAAAGGAUGAUCCCCAAAUGAUCUGUGGCCUGUGAAUUUAAUUUAGAACAGUGAUCAUUUUGACGACGAUGACGAUGACGAUGACGAUGACGACGACGAUGACGACGACGAUGACGACGACGAUGAUGACGACGAUGAUGAUGAUGAUAGGCACAGUGAUUUGGGUAAUGACAUUGAGGAUUUAUGAAAGUGCUAUUAUGGCUAUUCAGUUUUGUGGACAUAACUGUACUGUAAAAUUGGUGCAGUUGCGCAUGUCAUAAAGCAAAAGCCUCCUUCAGCAUAGUUACAGUUUUACCUGUAGAAACAUGUUGAAUAACAAGCUCAUAUGUACAGCUAACAAGUAUUGUUGGUUGUGUCGUGUGUUCAAACAGUUCAUACUGUAAUCAGCAUAAAUUUGUAAAGUGUGUGCCUAAUGAAGGAAAUGCGAAGGAAGAUUAAAGUUGUCAUAAAAUAGGCUAAAGAAUUGAAAAACUGUGCUGCAGCAAGGGCUUACAUUAUAACAGAAGAUGGUGAGAGAUUGGUGAAAGAAUCAAGAUGCUAUUUAAGAAAUGCCAAUGAAAAAGUGUUCUAUGAGGAGAGGAAUAGCUUGUUAGCCAGAUUUAUAAAAUAGUGUUGCAGGAUGGGUACAAGAAGAGGCAGAAUUGUUGCUACAAGAAACAUGAUUAGGGAUUAUGCAUUGAAGUGGGUGUGAGCCAAUCCAGAGCACAGCAAAACGUUUGAAACAGUAGGUUCGUGCAGUCAUUUCAUGAACAGAAAAAUCUGGUAAAAUGGCAGAAAGCGAGUAUUGUACAGAAAUUACUGAAAGAUCUUGACUGUAAAGUUGAGUUAUAAGUUUAUUUAUAUGAGUCGACAUUACAACUUUCCACUAUCCCAUACUGGAAAUAUGGCUGAAACUCCAGUGAACUUUGAUAUAAUAAACAAUAGAACUGUGGAAACAAAAUGUGUAAAAACUGUUCAAAUCAGAAAUACAGGCCAUGAAAAGACCAUGACUACAGUAGUAUUAACACGUGUGUCAGACAGAACAAAGAUAAAGCUUAUGGUCAUUUUAAAGUGGAAAAACCAUUCCUAAAAUAAAAUUUCCACCAGGAAUUUUUGUACUAUGUCCCAAAAAGUGAUAGAGAAUAAUGGUGUAAAAUUGUUGGUAGAAAAUAUGUGGCAGAGGCAACCAGGUGCUCUAUGAAAUCAACAAAGUUUGCUUGUGCAGGAUAUUUUUCAGUCAUGUAACUAAGAAUACUAAAAACUACCUAACUUGAAGCAAUGCCGAGAUUGCUGUUACACUGUAUAUUUUGACUUCAAUGCUACAACCUAUAGACGUCUAUCUUAAUAAACCAUUCAAAGACCACAUGUGUGAACAAUGGAACAAUUUGAUGAUGAGCAGUGAAAAAUCAUACAUGACAAUUGGAGCUAUGUUGGGUGCUUCACGGAUGUUUUGUGUGAUUCCAUCAUAAAAUCAUGGGAAAAAUUGAAUGUGGAAACAGUGAUCAAAUUAUUCAAGAAAUGGGGGGGGGGGGAUAUCUAGUGCUAUGAAUAGCACUGAUUAUUUGUUAUGGGAUACUGAUUAUGAAGCAGAAAUAGAUUCAAAAGGUGCAGAAUGGGAGCCAUGUUGUGAGCUUGUCAACAAUGCAAAUGUGAGGAUGUUCUUCAGGAGCUGCAUUUUUAGCCAAUGAUUGUGGGGAUUUUGGAGUGUUUUAAAUGCAUUGGUUGAAGAUCCAUACGACAGACAGAAAUGGACCGCAUGUCAUGUGUUGGAUAUAAAUUGCACAGCCCUGCAGCUGAACGCAACAAAGAACCAAUUCUCGAGGUUUUAAUGCAGUACAUUUUUAACAACAAGGCAAAGGAAGAAGCUCUGACAGUACUGGAAAUAGCCUCGGGAACAGGCCAACACAUUGUGUAUUUUGCCCAUUAUUUUCCAGAUGUACAGUUUCAACCAUCUGAAUUUGAAGAAAGCUACAUAAGAAGUAUUGGAGCAUACAUUUCUGAGAGUGGUGUCCGCAAUGUGCGUGACCCAAUUGUAAUCGAUAUACGUACUCCAUAUAGUUUCUGGGCCUUUGGAGCAUUCACAGAAAAUUCUGUGUCUUUUGUUAUCAACAUCAAUAUGAUCCACACAACUGAAAGUGAAUGCACUGAACACCUAUUCAAGAAUGUACAGAAAAUUCUGAAACCUUGUGGUCUAUUAUUCCUGUAUGGGCCUUUUGCAUUUAAUGGAGUUAUAACUCCAGAGUCUAAUGUUAGCUUUAACCAGAGAUUAAGACAAGAGAAUCCUGCAUGGGGCCUAAGAGACGUAGAAGAUCUGAAUGUAUUGGGAUUUAAAUAUGGUUUGGCACUAAUAGCAGCACACGAUAUGCCAGCUAAUAAUCACAUGCUUGUGUGGAAGAAAAAGUAAUUUCAUUGGAGAGUGCUUUUCAUUAACAAAAUUUGUUCCAUUUUAUUUCAGUAUUAAUAAAUCAGAUGUUAAAGGUCAGUUUGGUUCUUAACAAUGCCAAUGUUGUUCCUGUGUAACAGUAUUAGCUGACGCUUAGUAGAAUGUUGUGCUCUUAAAAUAAGAUUGUGUAGUUGCUCGUAUGGUUAAUGGUUCGUGUUCUGUAAAGUCUGUGAUGUUUGAUUGAUUGUUUAAAAUUGUGAAGUAAUAGAAAUAUUUGUGCUUUAUAUAGGUACUAUAUAAUUUAUGCAGAUACUAUAACUGCAGGUUUUCAUUUGGUUUUGUGAAGCCAUCUUUGUAAAUGUCUGAGCAAAGUAGAAAAAGCUAAACUUUCGACUUUGUCAUUCAGUAGCAGAUAUUGACCUGACACUUAAAAUCCAUAAGAGAAACUGUCAUGAUACUUCUGAUACAUCUUCCAGACACAAUGCACUCAAAUCCCACUGAUAACAAAGAAUCAAAUAAUGAACUGCAUAAACUCUGUGUAGCCCACAGGAAAAGUUUUUCAGAUAUUUGCAUUCUUUGAGUCUAACUAUGAAACUUCUGAAUUUUCAAAUGAAACUGUAUCCUUUGAUCUCAAAUAAAUGUCUUUAUUGUGA